AUGCGCACAGUUUGGUGCUCCGUUCUGUUUUUGCCUCAGUUAUCACGGUUUGUGUAUGGUAUGAACAGCCUAUCCGGCACUUUAAUUCGCCAUCUUCCACGCUUUCAAAGGCCGUGUCAUCUUGUUAGGUAUGUUGGUACUGCAAAUGAAGAGUCGGAUAAAAAGUUGAACCCUCGCCACUUUCUCCUUCUGCUAUGCCCAAUUACAGCUUUUAGUCUUGGCUACUGGCAAAUUCAAAGGCGAAGGUGGAAACUUGAUCUUAUAGAGAAAAUUGAGAAGAUUAUGCCUUCCCCACCGAUUCCUCUUGCAGAAGACGUAAAAGCGAGUAUCGACCUACCCGAAUUCCAACCUAUUACAGUGGAGGGUCGAUUCGAUCACUCACGCGAAGUGAUUGUCGGUCCUCGCGCUAUCAUCACGGACGACAUUCCUACCGGGGCCUACGGCAGCGCCUGGGGCUCGAGGCCUUCCGCUGAGCAUCAUAUGAAAGAAUCGAAUCUCAGUAAUUUUGGAGCGCCUGCACCAAACGGUUACUGCGUUGUGACUCCGUUUGAAAUUAAGGAUCGGCCAAGUGUGUUCAUUUUAGUUAAUCGGGGAUGGGUGCCUACAGCUCUUAGAGACCCUAUCACUCGUCCUGACGGUCAAAUUCAGGGUACCGUAAAAAUUACCGGUUUUAUUCGCUACAACGAAAAGCCUCCUCCAUUCACCCCUGAUCCGAAGACUAUGAGUAACGCGGGAAAGGACCAGGAACCCCAUCGACAGUAUUUUUCUCGAGAAGUCAUCCGAAUAUCAGAAACGCUUAACACCUUGCCCAUUUUCAUUGAUGCCGAUUAUGCGUCGACUGUCAAAGGUGGGCCAAUUGGAGGUCAGACAAAAGUGCUCCUACGAAACACUCACACAGAGUACAUCAUCACGUGGUUUUCGUUGGGAGCUCUCACGCUGGGAAUGUGGAUGUACUGGCUUUUCUUCUGA